CUGGCGAUACAAACAGCCGCCAUGUUGAGAAGCCGCUGGACGCGAUGAGCAGUCCGUCCUCACCCGGAGGACCCGGAGCGGACAAGGCAGGCGGAGGGAAGCCUGCCGCCUCCGGUGUGAGCUCCGUGUCCGGGUCGGACCCUGCCCCUCCUGCCGCCGCCGGGUCCCUGGUCCCGGCCGGACUGAGCCGGCUCCCCGCGGGGCUCGCGGCUCUGUUCGAAUGUCCCGUGUGCUCGGACUCCGUGCUGCCGCCCAUCCUGCAGUGCCAGGCCGGCCACCUGCUGUGUAACCUCUGCCGCCAGAAGCUGAGCUGCUGCCCCACCUGCCGGGGCCCGCUCACCCCGAGCAUCCGCAACCUGGCCAUGGAGAAGGUGGCCUCCACGCUGCCGUUCCCCUGCAAGUUCCUGUCGGCCGGCUGCCUGCUGUCCCUCCACCACACGGAGAAGCCCGACCACGAGGAGGUGUGCGGCUUCAGGCCGUUCACGUGUCCGUGUCCCGGGGCCACCUGCAAGUGGCUGGGCUCGCUGGAGGCCGUCAUGCCUCACCUGAUGCACGCCCACAAGUCCAUCACCACGCUGCAGGGGGAGGACAUCGUCUUCCUGGCGACAGACAUCAGUCUCCCGGGCGCCGUGGACUGGGUGAUGAUGCAGUCGUGUUUCAGUCACCACUUCAUGCUGGUCCUGGAGAAGCAGGAGAAGUACGAGGGCCAUCAGCAGUUCUUUGCCGUCGUGCUGCUGAUCGGCUCCCGCAAGCAGGCCGAGAACUUCGCCUACCGCCUGGAGCUCAACGGCAACCGCCGCCGGCUCACCUGGGAGGCCACACCGCGCUCCAUCCACGACGGGGUGGCGGCCGCCAUCCUGAACAGUGACUGCCUGGUGUUCGACACCUCGAUCGCCCACCUGUUCGCCGACAGCGGUAACCUGGGAAUUAACGUCACCAUCUCCAUGUGCUGAUGGAGCAGCGGUACCGGCCGGCGCAUCACGACAGAGCGGCGCUGCAGGAUCCAGAGCUCAGGCGGUGUGGCGUCCACCUUCCUUCUCUACGAGCUGGACCGCAAACGUCGUGUGAUGAACGACGAGACGGCGAGCAUCGCAGUGGAGGAUUCCCCCCCCACCAGAGGGCGCGGCCCGAGCUGGACAGAGAGCGAGCUGUACCGAGUCGGGAAGAAAUCGACAAACUGUCCAGGAGCGUCUGUCGCUCGUCUGACUCCAUGUGGGCGUGUUCAUGAUGGGUUGGCUGUGGUCAGCAGGAUCCAGGUCACGGGUUCAUCUCGACUCUUCGUACAACUUUUUUAACUUGACUUCAGUUUUUCAUCAGACGAGGGAAGUCGUUCAAACUGGAAGACGUGUUUGGUUGAUUGACAGGUUGUCGAUGAAGCUCAGAGUGUGGAUCAAACUGUAGUUAUACAGAAAGUCAAUAGAUCAAAUGUUUAUACAUUGAAUAAAUUGAAAGAACAGUGUAGGAGUCUGAGGUUGCUGGUUUGAAUCCCUCUGGACAGUGGCAGUGUUUGCUGGGACACUGAGCUGUGUGAAGUGAGGGAACCACUGAUUCAAACCAAACUGAUCACAGAUCAGAACGACCUGAAAUAACAAAAACAUCUUUGACAAACGUUUAUUUAACGUCGACUUGGAUUUGUUUGCUUGGUCCAUGUCCCAUCUGUUAACAUGGAGGUUUAUGGCCUGAACUGCAGCCAGACACCAGGGGGCGAUGAUGAGGAUUUUGCUUCACUUUUGAAUUCACUUCCGAUCCCUGAAGGGUUGACUCCUCCCACUUCGCCAUCAUGUCUCUGUUUUGUUUUUAAUCAAAAUGAUCAAAAGCUUCUAAAUGAGUUUUAAUUUCCAAACGUCAACAUGUGACUGAGUUUUAUAAGGUUAUAUACGAGCUCUGUCUUUCAGUUUGAUAGUUUCCUUUGAAUGAAAAGAGUCUGUUUAUAAUUAUAUAUAAAGGUUUUAUCUAUUUUUACAACCAGUGUUUUAUACAAUAACUUCUGUGCAGUUAUUUUAUUGAUUAUUGGUCGACACAGUAAUUAUUACUCAUUUAACAAAAAUAAAACUUCCAGGUAAUAAAUAUUUUA